GACAUUCGGAUGAAACUGUGUUCGAAAGUACAUAUCAAAGCUCACUCUUAAUGGUACGGAAGGACGAAUUCAUCAGAAUUCAUAGAUCCGUGAGGAUUCAACCAGAAGAAUGAUACUUACUAACAUUUCAAUUUAUGUAUGAUGCGAUAAUGACAAAAAAAGAUUUGAACUUUGCUGAAUUCGCUGGCUAACUUGGCCCUGGUUAGAAAGCAAGAACGUGGAUAAAGAACAACAAAAGCCAAAAGCAGGUAAUUCGACCAACGAGAAGAACUACAGGGUCCAAUGGUUUGCGGAAACUUCGUCGCUGUACUUGCAUUUUGGCAACACCGUUACAACGGUGAAGAGGUGGGGCAAUGGAUUCCGAACUUUCGCACUCGCUGACAAUUUCAAGCGCAUCGUUCCCUUUCAUUCUUUAAGCUAGCCAUUCGGCAGCGGCGAAAAGACAGAGCGUCCCUGGAUUUCAUUAUCUCCCGCUUGGAUCGGAUUACGCCUGUACAAAUCCCGAAGAAACUUGACAUCUCCCUCUGUCUCUACUGUCCUCUCUUCUAGCUGACUGAUCAUGAGGAGACGAAGGUCACGUUUUGCUCCGGGACGCGUCGUUCUUCACGUUAAUGUCCUCUUGUUUGUCUGCUCAAGCAUCGGUCUUGCAGAGAGAUUCGAUUCUCUGCUGCGGCUACCAGGUUCUGGGUCGAUCCCGAGCCGGCCCAAAUCCAAAAUUGUUCUGUCGGUCGACGAUCAUGGUGCUAGAGGAGAUGGUGUUAGUGACGAUACUGCGGUUAUUGGAAAAGUAUGGAAGUUAGCUUGCUCUCUUGCUGUCCCAACUAGAAUUCUUCUCUCAGCUGGAAAGACUUACUUGUUUCGCUCAAUUGAUUUUGCUGGACCUUGUCGAUCGAAGGUCACCCUAGAGAUUGCAGGCAGCAUUGUUGCUCCCAAAGAUCCUGAAGCCUGGGAAGGAUUAAAUCCCCAUAGAUGGAUAUAUUUCCACGGAGUGAAGCACCUUACUCUGGCAGGAGGGGGCAAAAUCAAUGGAAUGGGGCGGGAAUGGUGGGAUCGGUCUUGCAAGACAAAUGCAACUAACCCAUGUCAUCCUGCUCCAACGGCUGUCAUUUUCCAUAGAUGCAAAGAUUUGAUUGUGAGGAACCUCAGGGUGAUCAACAGUCAGCAGAUGCACGUAGCAUUUACCAACUGUCUACGGGUUAAAGCGUCAAACCUCAGAGUGAUAGCCCCUGCUGUGAGCCCUAAUACUGAUGGAAUCCAUAUAAGUGCUUCCCGUGGUGUUCAGAUUGAGGAUUGCAUUAUUAGAACAGGAGAUGACUGCAUCUCUAUAGUCAGCAAUUCUUCACGGAUCACGGUCAGAAACAUUAUCUGUGGGCCAGGACAUGGUAUUAGUAUUGGGAGCUUGGGGAAAUUGAACUCUUGGGCAGACGUUCAUGAUGUAGUUGUUGACGGAGCGCUUGUGUCCAACACUGAAAAUGGUUUGAGAAUUAAAACAUGGCAGGGAGGCGGUGGCUCUGUCACCAAUGUAAUCUUCCAGAAUGUGUGGAUGGAAAAUGUAUCACAUCCUAUAAUCAUAGAUCAGUAUUAUUGCGAUUCUUUUCAGCCUUGUCCCAAUCAGACAUCGGCUGUUAAAGUGGGAAAUAUACAAUUCUUGGGGAUCAGAGGGACAUCAGCUACUGAGAAUGCUAUGAUAUUUGCCUGCAGCGAUGAUGCUCCAUGUGAAGGGAUAUAUUUAGAAGACAUACAUCUCUUUUCACAUGCUGGUGGUACUACAAGAUCCUUCUGUUGGCAAGCACACGGUUCUGUCUCCGGUUUAGUAUAUCCUCCUCCUUGCAUCUCAUUCGAAAACAAAGACAGCUUCAUUAAACAGAAAACUCAGUCUGGCUCUGAAAAUGUUCAUCCCUUCUGAAAGAAGAGUCAUGAUGUUUUUCCUUCCCUUCGCAUUGGGGCUUGCAUAAAGCCGUUGCAUCUCCAAGGCAAGGUUUCAAGGACUCUGCGUUCUUUUCUGGUUAUAAUUAGAAGCCAGUCAGGAAAUAAAAGCAGGCUCGUCCAUUGACCAACCGGGGACGGACAUUAAUCAUGUAUAUAUCUUCUCACUUUUUUGGUUGCUUUUCGACAUGAGAUUGAGUGGAAGAGAUUUCAUUAGUUAAGAAGUCACGCGCUAAUACUUCUUGUUACUGUAAUUUGUUCUUCAUGCUGUAUUUAAUCCAGGAACAGAAAAGAAAAUGUAAGCGAAACGUUCAGUUUUGCAUGAUUAUUUGUUCUGCAGCUUUUUACGUGUGAAUAGUAACUUCUCUGCCGAGCAAACAAAUUGGGUUUGCUCUGUUUGUUUUCCAUGGUUUUUGGAAUUUCCUUCUAAACGCGCCCCUUCAUUUUUUUUCCUGGUUAUACUAAUCUCUCACUUGACA